AGCUUCAUUCAUCCGGGGUUGAUGAACGUCAAUUUUCCUCGUCAACAAUUGUUUUGAAAAUGUCAUAUUUUUAUCACUAAACUGAAUCGACUACAUGUUAUUCGACUCUGUUGCAGCUUGCUUGACAGACAGUAAUGUCUGCAGACCAAGAAUGGAGAGAUGCGCUAACUGCUGGAAUGAAUAACGAUGGGACAACUCACACCAUGACUUCAAACUUUCAUCCAGAUUUUCAGACUGACUUUUUGCCUAGCUCUACUCACAGUCCUGGUAGGUCCCCACAAGCAUCUCCUGAUAGCCAGCAGCCAGGGCUGCUACACGGCCAGUCUCCUCUAGCAGUGCAGCACCAUCACCCCUACCAGGGGCACCCAGCCAACAAUGGCUCCCAGCAGGACCAGCACGUUUCACAGUCGGGGGUGCCGCCCUCUAACCUGUACACUGACCCGGCUGACCCGGCACACAGUGCUGGCCAGCUGCCGAGUAAGAUGACCCCCCAGAGACAGAAUAUACCACAGGGUGCGGGCGGUCAGCCUACCGGAGGGCUCCAACCUCAGGGAUUCCCUUCCAGAAACCAACAGCAUGUACCCAGGCCUGUGGUCAACAGUGCCCCUGGCCUGGGUCAGUUUUCUCAGCCCCAGAAUCGAAUGAUCCGCCCUCCCCACCCUCAGCAUGUACAGCAUCAGCCUAGACCAGGACCUAAUGGCCCAGUGAGACACCCACAAAGUCAGCCAAUGUCUCAGCGACCAAUGCGCCCCCCACAACCUCCCCACUUGCAGCAGCAAAGGCCACAGUUCACCAAUAACCCCGGGGUCAGACCGCCCCAGAGCCCCAGGAUGGGAGCACCAGGCCACCCCCAGAACAUGGUGAGACCAAAUGUGCCACAGCCACCCAACAACGCAGGGUUCAGGCCCAUGUCACAGAACAGGCCACCCAACCCUGUCGUAGGUGGUGCAGCUAACAUUGGCCAUGCCCAAAACAUGCGGCCCCCAGCUAUGGCAGGUCAGCAACAAAGACCUUAUGGCUCAUACAACCAUCCCCCGCUUGGCCGGGGCACAAGGAUGCCUUUCCCCCAUGAGCAGCAAGGGUCUUCUCAAGGUCACCAAGGCCAGGCCCAGCACAGGCCAGGGGCAGGGCCGGACAACCCAGAGCAUCAGAUGUCAGGCUAUGAAGAUGAGGACAUGUAUUACGAUGAGGAUGAUGACUAUGAUGAGGAAAUGGAAGCAGAGGAGGAAGAGAUGUUCCGCCAGAAGUACCCCCAGUUCCAGUACCCAGACAGUGAUAGUGAUGACAUCUCUGAAGAAGAAUCAGCAUUGCUUGAAGAGUUGGCUGUUUGCGAGGAUGAGCACAGAUAUGAAGAAAUAGUAAGCCAGCUGCAAGAGAAAGGUGUUGAUGCUGAUGAGCUGGAUGAGAUGAUGUAUAAUCGUAACCUUGGUUACGGACAAAACAUGUUUCCUAUGGAGAACUAUGAUGAAGAUGAGGAUGAGUAUGGAGAUGAGGAAGAGGAUGAGGAGGAAGAACAAGAAGUCUCUUCUUCCUCCCAGGGUCAGAUGGGUUUCCACCAGAACAUGCAGAGACCACCCAAUGUCAGAAUGGCACCUAGAGGACCACACCCUCCAGGGGCAUUCCCUAGACCCCAAAACUUUGAGCCCAAUAACAUGCCUGGUCAGCAAAAAAUGUUCCCAGUGCCUUCUGCUGGUCAAAAUAUGAAAAACAAACCACAAGGGGUUGGCCAAACAAACUCAUCAACAGCUGGCGUCAACAACCAGCCAGGGUUGUCUGCCGCCAGCAGCGCCAACCCAGUGUGCCCACAGAACAAAACAGUCCCCCAGCCACAAGGCGCUCAGCAGAUUUCACCAGGACAAUCACCCAGCCCGGCAAGGCAGCAGUCUCAGUUAAAACUUCAAGGGCAGCCCUCUCCAAAUAAACUAAACCCUAACUCUCCCUCCCAGGGGGGUCAAACUGUUAGCCAGAACCCCAACUGGCCGUCAAAACCCAGUCCCUCCCAGGGGGAGAUGAGACCUCCCCUGCCCAAGCCCAACCCACCGGCUGGCACUUCACCUAGUAAACCAACAUUACCUCGACUACAGCAACCGGGUGUCCAACCGGACGCAGAGUCCAGCCCCUCAGGGGUGGUUGUAAAGCCGACGCAUCACUUCAUUAUGCCUGUUAAUCAGUCUGGGCUGCCUAAUCCUGGUAAGCUUUCAAUACGUCAGGGGCCUCCUGUAAAUCAGAUGGUCCUUAACAUUCAGACUAAUCAGCAGUCAACGGCCAUGCCACCUCCAGCUAUUCGAGGCAUCUCCCCCAAGGUGUCUUCACCACUGCAGCAGCGACCGUCUGCUGUGCAGUCGCCAACACCAAAUGCCGGCCCUAUGUCCCCCACUGGGGCGGCUCGACCACCAGCACAAAUGGCCCCUCCAUCUGUCAUCCCCAAAAAGUUGGCGCCGGUUAAAGAGACUGCACCCAGUGAAGCUAGCCUGGCUCGGCUCACUGUGGAGUACAUGCAACAAAGCCUGGAUAAAGAGAUCAUGGCAAAGAAAGGGGUCACCCCACAGCCUCCAGUUCAAAGCCAGCCGCCACCAGCUCAGGUGUCAGCCCCUGAGAGCCAGCCUGUUCCUAGUCCACCUGUACGCCCUCCACAGCAGCAGAAUCAAAUUCCAUACCAAGCUAAACCUCUCCUGCCUCCUCGCCUGCCUAUUCCAGCCAUACUUGACCCUAACUCUAGCAUUGGUCAAGUCUCACAAGCCAACCGACCUAUAUGUAGUGUAGUUCCAUUCACAAACCAGACCAAAGCACCAGCAAACAGUCCAAGAAUGACUGCUCCAGCUCAGCCUGGCCCAACUUUUGUCAAGCCCAGAAACCCAGCUCCUGUGUCUGCAGCAAGUGCCCAUCACUCACCAGGGUUUAACCAAAAUCAAAUGACCAGCCAGCAGAACUCAUUCCCACCCAGCACCCCUCCCAGCCCACUGGCCAGGCCCCCUGUGCCACAAGGUCAAGCCACUGGCCAGAUUGUGCUCCAGAACCCAUUUUCAGACCAGCCAAAGCCUCACCAUGAGUAUGAGCCACAGCAUGCAGCCCCAGCUCACAACCCACCAUCACAACAGUCACAUUUCAAGUCAGAAGGUUUUAGCUUGGAUCGCCUGUCUGAAGACCAGUGUAUACUGACUGAUAAAGGGGGCAAGGGUCAAGGCCGGCUGACCACUGGGAUGGUGUAUCAGAUACGCUCACCAUUAGACCAGUCCCUGGUUUUAGCCAUGUGGAAUGGGGAGAAGUUUGAAGACCUUAGCCCUGAAGAUGUGAAAGCCUUGAAUGAGAAAAGCCUCAACAAAAAUAUCAAUCACAAACAACUUUCAGAACUGAAGUCUCAAAGUCACAUGAACAGUCAAGCAAACACAAGUAAAGUGAAUACUGAAGCCACUUCACUUUCUAAAGGAAGUUCAGUGCUUGAGAAGGAAUAUGUUAAGAAGUCGUUAAGACAACGGCAUAUUCAAGAUAACAGCUGGUCUGAUCCUCACUACAACCAAGAUGUUGAUCCCAUGACUAUACAACAGAAAAGUGACCAUACCCCAUCAGGAGAAAUGCCUACACUACAAAAAUGUCUUGAUGCACCAGUUAAUCAGUCAACUUACAUCAAGCCUUUAUCACAUGUUCAACAUAGGAAAGAAGAUUUAGAGGAAGAGGAGGAUGAUUCUGUAUUUAAAAAGCCUUUUUCAGAGGAUGAAGAUUACUUCAGGGUAUGCAACCAUUGUGGCUACACCAGCAAAAAUUUCAAACGCUGUGAAGGCUGCAAAAAGAUUUUCCAGGGAGAGGUGAAGAUCCACACAUUAAAGAAGAACACAAGUAAACCUGGCAUGCCAACACCUGGUGGGUUUAAAACUCCUGCCAAUUUACCUAACAAAGAUUCAGAUAAAACAGAUACUAUCACUAAGCCAAUAAGCAAAGAUUCCUUCUAUGGGAGCUCAUCGCCCAGGGGUAAAAGUCGAGGCCGAGGAGCAAGAGGUACAGGUCGCACUAAAGGAGGAGGAAUGAAAGGGCGUAUGGGUGCAAGGAAAUCCGAAGAUUAUAGCAACAGUGAAUCUGAAGACUCCUUGGAGGGUAAGCAGGAGACAGAUGGCUCAGGUAGCAGCUCAGAAAGUCCCCCAAAGAAACGUCCUGCAAGACCAAAAUCAAAAAACCCUGCUCCAAAAAAACGUUCAAAAAAGCUAGAUGAGCCAGUGACGUUAACAAUUUCAUCUGAUGAGGAUGAACCAUCAUCUACAUCAAAUAACCUACCUCAAGCUCCUAGCCCUGCUUACUCAGGGGGAAGUGAAUCACCUUUGUUCCCAUCUACACCUACUCAACCAGUCAAUGCCUUUGGGAGAUUUAGAAGAGCUCUUAUGGAAGAUGAGGAGGGUGUUAGUAAACUGAGCAAGAAAAUGCAUAGAUCAGGAACUCCUGUCAUGGACCGUAUGGAUGAAGAUGAAGAAAGAGAAGAUGAGGAAGAUGAAGAGUGUGAUGAAGUGCCCAUUUAUGAAAUUGAUAUUCGAAGUGUGCGCAUUGGAUCUAUGCGGACCCAGCCCGAAGGACCUCUGUUAAUCAAUUUGAGAGGUGUCUGCUUCAGGGUUCGAUCUGAGAGAACAGAAGAAGGAUUUGAAUUUGAGAUUUUAGCCCAAGAUGUCGAGCACGUCAAGUAUUUCUCAGGACAAACGCAGCCCGUGUUGUUUUUGUUUCUCACUCAGGAAUGUGGAGCCAAGCUGCGGGCUGUGUGUCAUAUGGAGCCUGGGGACGAUGAAUUCUUUGAUCCCAGUAGCACAGAUAUGAAACAAAAGAUGAUUGUGAUAAUCAUUGAGUGUUUUAACUACAUGCCUCAUGAAAUGCUGAGAGAAACGCUGUCCCUCUGGGCAGAUAUGAACCAUGAAGAUGAUGAAUACUUUAUUGAAGAGUUGACUGAGGAAAGUGCCAAUGACCUGUUGAUACAGUCAGCUCCACCUGUCCUCACAUCAGAUGUUGAACGAGAUGUUAUGAAAUUCAAAAAAUGGUAUCUCAAAGAUACAGGGGACCAGCAUUUACUGCCCAGGGGACCUCCAUCCCCUUCAGACAGCACUGACAAUGAACCUGACAGCACAUCUAGUUCUCCACCUGAAAUAAAACUUUUUAUGGGAGCCAAUAUCAGACUGCUCCAGUACCCACCACCACCACUACGAGGUAUUCCUAUCACUACAGAAGAUCUCCUAUGUCUAACUGAAGGGGAGUUCUUGAAUGAUGUUAUCAUAGACUUUUACUUACAGUAUUUAUUUUUAGAAAAAUUCAGCCCAGAAAACAGAAAAAGGACCCAUAUUUUUAGUUCCUUCUUUUACAAGAGAUUAACACAAAGAGACAGACACUUGGAUAAAACUGAUGAGGAGGCUAAAAAAAGUUUGCCAGAAAGAAGACAUGCCCGUGUUAAAAAGUGGACAAAGACUGUGGAUCUCUUUAGUAAAGACUUUAUAAUUGUUCCAAUAAAUGAACACUCCCAUUGGUACCUUGCUGUGAUAUGUUUCCCUGGCCUGGCUGCCCCAGAGGUAGUACCUUAUAUUCCUAGCCCAGCCCAUGGGGGAGAUGCGGAGGAACAACCUGAUGGCAGUAUGCCUGAAGAAAACAGCGAGGAAGGUGGUAACAGUGGUGGUGGUAGUACUAGCACUAAUCAGGAAAACAAAUCUAGGACUAUAUUAGGCAGGCAGCUUAGUCCAGAAGAGAAAAAAGAGAGCAAGCAUGAAGGCUUAAAACAACCAUGCAUUCUUAUGUUUGAUUCCCUUGCUGGACCAAGUAGGAAUCCCAACAUCAAGAUGCUCAAAGAAUAUUUGCAGUGUGAGUGGAAUGCAAAAAAAUCUGAUGAAGAACCAAGAAAUUUAGGUAAAAUAAUUCGAGGCUCCUCUCCUCGAGUUCCGCAGCAGAGCAACUACAGUGACUGUGGUGUUUACCUGCUACAAUAUGUGGAAACCUUCUUUGAGGACCCAAUCGGAGACUUCCAGAUUCCAAUGAAAGGUUUGCAAUAUUGGUUCCCUGAGGAUUUGGUCUUGAACAAACGACGAUAUAUUCAUGAUUUAAUUAUAUCACUUCACAAACGCUAUCAGGAGGAGAGAGGAGACAUGAGGAUAUAUGAUAUUAAAUUUGAAUCUCACCCACGUGAGCCCAUCCAAAGAGCUCCCCAGAACAUGAACAUGAACAGAGAUGAUGAAAACUCAAACUCUUCCAUGUCCAGUGAGUUUGGGAAGGACAUGCAAGCACCUGGUCAUUUGUUUCUACCUGCAGCAGACAAUCCAGGAAACUCAGGCCUGCCUGGGCCAGACAAUAGACCAGGUUUUGACAGACAGCAUUUCAUGGACCAGAUGGGCGAGGGUCCACAGGAUGAACACCCUAAACAAGAGGAUGAGCAUAAAGAGGACUCUGGAGAGUAGUUGUAGGAACUCAGCUGUUUCAACUGUUGAAUGUUACUUUGUAUUCCUGGAUUUAAUUAUCUAAUAAUUAAAUACAAUUAAUCAGUGAUCUUUUGAGGUUUCUUCCAAAGUAGUCAGGACAGGAAUCUUAAAAAAUUGUAACUACUGUUAGUUGAUACCAAUGGCUUUAACAAAUGACUGCUUAUUAAUGCACAUAAUGCUGGCAUACUUGCAUAGAACUGAAUAUAUGAUGUAGAAAAAUAUAUGUAUAUAAAUGAGGCAUUUGUAGGCAACAAUUCAUAAUUUAAAAUGAUUUAAGUAACACAGCCUUUUCUCAUCUAGCAUGUCAUGCAGCUGAAUACUUAAACAGCAGUUUCAGAAAUCUAAUGCAUAUGUGCAGGUUUAAAAAAACCUGAAUUCUUUUUCAGCUUUUUCUUUUUUUUAAAUAUUUAAGAAAAUAUUUUAAAGAUUUUAUUUCACUUAUUGAGUUAAAACCUUUCAGCAAUUAUGUAAUUUUUCUCCAUGUAAUUGUUUUUGUCGUUAAACCAAAAUUGUUUAUUUAUUUUUUGUUGUACAUUUAGUUUAACUUUAGAAGGAUCAUCUUGAUUAUCCCACAACAAAGGUGUUAUACAUGUAUGUUUUCUAGAAGUGUUGUCUUACCAACAGUGGUUGAGUAUUUCUAUUUAUUUGUUGAACAGUGCAUGAUCAGGUUACUUUUUGUAUUAACAUUUAUUUGAUCAAAUCACAUGGAAUGGCUGAGGUACACACAAAAACUAUUUUUUAAAUCCACAAUGAAAAUCGUCAAUGGGAAGUCUGCUGGUGGAAGUUCAUUCUACAUUUUUGUUUUCGGUGACUUGUUUCCUCAAACUUUAAACUGCUCUUUGUUCUUUCAUUGUCUAUGUUACUAAAAGUUAUACGAGUAGGCCCUAUGUCCAAGCAGCACUUUUUUUUUUAUUAAAAAAAAAAGAUGAAUUUGUAUUGCAAUUGAAAGGUAAUCUACUUAUUUUAGGAUACAUUUUUAUUGCAAUGGAGAUGUAUUAGCAUAGUUGAUAUUGUCUAGAUCGGUGGUGUGAACAGCCAAAUCAUUAUCACUUAUGAAAAUAGCAUAUAUUACUGUAAAUUCUGCCUGCUCAAUUAUUGUGAAUUAUCUCAUGUAGAAUUGUGCAAAAAGUAGAAGAAAAAUUCAUUACUAGCAUCCCUUCCCAUGCACAUAUUGAUUUUUUUUGUUAAAACAAAUUUUAAAAGUUAUAGUAAAAUAAAUGGACAUAUUGAAUUAUAAUUUGAUUUUCUGUGAAUAAUAAUGUUAAAUAUUACUCUUUC